AAAAUAAACUUGCCAUUUUAAGCUUGACGCCCACUUAAAUGGCGCCCCCCCUCUAGUCCGCUCUUCAAACUCUCUCUCUCUCUCUCUCUCUCUCUCGCGUAUUGCUGGUGUUUAACUCGAGUGCGAAGUAUGUCUGGUGAAGAGGAAGAAAAUGCUGCCGAGCUCAAAAUUGGUGAUGAAUUUCUGAAGGCAAAGUGUUUAAUGAACUGUGAAGUAUCCUUGAUACUUGAACAUAAGUAUGAACAGCUUCAACAGAUGUCUGAUGAUCCAAUGAAUCAAGUUUCUCAAGUAUUUGAGAAAUCAUUGCAAUAUGUUAAACGCUUCAGCCGUUAUAAAAAUCCCGAUGCUGUCAGACAAGUUAGAGAAAUUCUGAGUAGAUAUCAAUUGGCUGAAUUCGAGCUUUGCGUUCUUGGCAAUCUUUGCCCUGAGACUGUAGAGGAAGCUAUUGCUAUGGUACCAUCUAUUAAGAACCGAGGCCGUGCUCUAGAUGAUGAGGCAAUUGAGAAGAUGUUGAACGACCUGUCGCUGAUUAAGAGAUUCGAGUAGCAGCCACUUCGUAGCAGUUGAGAGGGAGAACAGAUGAGUUGCCAUAUUUCGCAGUGUAUACAGAUUGGGAAACGAUGAUGUACAAUUUUGUCAUCGCGCAUUAAGUAUUAAACCAAUCAGAGUUCAACUUGAUGAUACAUGUGUUGCAUACCAUUGCAACCUAUCAAAUGCGUUCUCCUGGAUGCAAACUGUGAAUUGGUGAGGUUUUUUCUGUGUCGGUACGGAAGAAUUAUCUAACAUGACUGUCUUUAUACGCA